AGUAUCAGAGGAACAGCAGUACACUUGACUUCUCUCUCCGUCUCUUUCGUAGUUUGUGGUGGUGAAAAGGCUGCAGCUGUUGAAUGGACUGAGAGGAUGUCAAACGAUAAAAGAAGCUCCUGUUGUUUUUCGGUGGAGGCUGCACUGGCUGUGGAUAUGACGUGCAAGGGAAACAUGCUUGAAGUUAUCAGGAGAGUGAUAAGAAUCUAUAUUUCAUUAGAAUUAACGUACGGACUGUCUGGACUGUACAUCCCCAAAAGUGGUCAAGAGGAGAGGAACAUCGCUGUUGUUUUAAUAGGCUGCCUCCGUCAAGUGUCUCUUAUCAUACGAAGAGACAGCAAAUAUGUGCAACUCCGUAUCGUUUGUCUUGGAAGGUUUUACAGAGAAAAGGUAGCUGUACCUUGAUGGGAGUGGGGCCGGGCUUUCCAGAUUUCACCUGCAAUGGAUGACAAGGACUCCUCUGCUGUUCUCUCCGGGGAGCGGCUCAUCUACGCCAUCACCGUCCCCCUGUCGACCUCCAUCAUCCUGGCCAACCUUGUCAUCAUCCUGGGCAUCGCCUGCAACCGCCAGCUCCACAACACGCCCAACUACCUCUUCCUCAGCCUGUUGGUGGCUGACCUGUGCACGGGCGUGGCGCUGCCUUUCAUACCAUUAAUGGGCCUGAACCGGGAGUUGAGUCUCAGCUCGUGCUUUCUGGCCCACAUCUUCCCGAACUUCCUCUUCUUGGCAUUCCUGUUCAACCUGGUCAUGGUGCAUUAUGAGCGCUACAUUUGCAUCGUCGACCCCCUGCAUUACAAUAACUUGUGGAUGCACCGCAGCUUUCCUCUGGCACUGCUUUUGGUGUGGGUGCCCCCGCUUCUGUACGCUUGUCUACCUGCUUUCGGCUGGACCAACUGGACAGGACCGGAUUGGGACGACUGUUGUUGUGCAAGUAGCCAAAAUUUCACUUCACUUUCAAACUGUUCAACCAAUGGAACCACCUGCUGCUCCUAUCGGCGAGUGUUCCCCAACGCUUUUAUAUACUUGGAGGUGUAUGGACUUGUCCUGCCUGCUAUUCUUACAAUCGCUGGCAUGACCGGCCGAGUUCUGUGGAUCACUCGAGGUCAGCUGAAGGACAUUUGUCGUCUCCAUCGUUCGGUGGAUCGGGGGAGUCAGGCCUCCGACCGGGAGCAGAGGCUGAACCUGCGCUACACUCGUUGUGUGGUGGCCGUGUCGCUGACUUUUCUGGCGUGCUGGGUCCCCUAUCUCAUCUACAUGCACGUCUGCAUCGCGUUCCUGAUCAGCGACACCAAGUGGAGCUCCACCACUCACAUUGUGCUGUCGUGCACCGGCAUCGGCAGCAUGGCCGUGGUGCCACUGGUGCUCGGCCUGGCCAACAAGCAGUACACGGAGCCGGCGUACAAACUUCUCCAGAAACUCCGAGACAGAUGGAGAAGGACGCGGGGGUCAGAGGAAGUGGCAGUCUGAGAAAAGAAUGAUUAAUAAUAGAAUAUUUAUGAGGAUAGAUUAUCUUGCUGGGGUUUCAAAUCGAGGCCAACAGAAGGAGAUUUUUCUUUUUCAACAGAAAACAUAUUUUCUUUGAUCUUUAACAAUUGAUAUGAGGGCUGCCCCUGACCAAAGAUCUUCCUCCUCAACUAGUUCAAGUCACACUUUAAUUUUCAAUCGCGUCCUCCAUUGUUUCACAAAAGUUCCACCUAGCUCAUUUUAAAAGGUUGAACAACAAUGAAGCUAUAAAUGCUGAAAAUUCUCACUAUAACAUCAUGAAGGAAGUUAAACGAAAAAACAAUCCUAUUAAGCUCCAUUUCUCUUUGUGCUGCCUGCUCUGCACAUCAGUGUAACCACUCGUAAAUCUUCUCCAUCUGUCACCCCCCCCUGCAUGCAAUGUUUACUCCCACCUCCCCCACCAGUGUUUAUCUGAAUACUGGUAUGCAAGCUGGAGAGGGGAGAUGGAUGCGUCCGCACUGCGUAAUACAUCCACAAGACGAUGAGGAGAUUAAGGCCUCAGCAAGAGCACCGGAAACAGAGACAUGAAGUGAAAACCAUGCCUCCAUCUGAAAGCUGAAAAAUAAAAAAUAAAAAUUCACAGAGA